AUGUCAAAUGCCACGCCCAAAGCCAUCAACGCAACCCGCAUGGGGGUGGGGGCGUGUGUGUGGGAGGGAGAGCUCUUCCUGGCCGCCUACCUGGGUGGCCUGCCCACGUACCGCUAUGUGGGCUGCCGGGUGGUGGAGCUGGGGGCUGGUCCUGGGCUUGUGGGUAUACUGCUCGCCAAGAUGGGGGCCAAGGUGCACAUCACAGAUAUUGCCAAGGUGCUGCCCCUUAUCGAUGCAAACAUUGAGGCCAACGGCGUGGGGCUGAAGCAAAGGCGCGGUGCAGCUGAGGGCUAUGCGGUUUCGGAGGAGCUAGAGUGGGGCAAGGAGGGUUACGAUCACGUGGUGGCGAGGCUGGCUUCGGAGCCCGUGGAUUGGUGCCUGGCCGCGGACUGCUGCUACAUAGACCAGGCGAGUGCGGGGACAUGCGGGGACCGCCAUGUUGCUGUUGGGCUGUUGGGACUUUGUAGGCCACGUUGGGGAAGGGGGGAGGGCACCAGCCCCAGUACGCCCCACUUUGUCCGCACGUGCGCACUGUUGUGCGGUCCCAUUACUCGGUGCCUGGUGUGCUUCGAACUGCGCAGCUCCGAGGUGCAGAGGGUGUUCGUGGAGGAAGCCAGCAAGGCGUUUGCAAAGGUUGAGCGACUGCAGCCGCACUCGCUGCCCAAGCCGUGCCAAGUGGAGCACAUUCUGUUGUACGAGCUGAGUGGAUCAAAACUGAGGACGUGA